AUGGAGGUGGGGGCAGCAGGGGACAACCAUGGGGUCUGGGGGGACACCCCAGCAGGGACCUACAUCAUCCCGCACGAGCUCCAACCCCAGCCAUCUCCCCAUGGGGCUGUGCCGGUGUCCCAGCAGCCAGCGAUGAUCCUCCAGCAGCUUCCCAGGACCGUGGCUGCCCUGGUCCCCCCCGCCGGACCCCCACACGUCCGGGGAGAUUUAAUCGAGUUGAUGAUGAUUCAAAACUCCCAAAUGCAUCAGGUGGUGAUGAACAGCCUGGCUCUGUCAGCACUGAUGUCCUUCGGGUUCGGGCCAUCCCCAGCUGCUGGCCAGGCAACAGCGGUGCCUUUGCAGACUGAAGAGGAAGAGGAGGCUGUGGUGUUUCACCAUCACUAUGUCCCCUACCCUGGUCCUGCUCCUGUCCUGGUGUGGCCAGCCCUGGCACAGGAUCGGGGACAAACAGCUGUGCGGUACCUGGGCACGGGCUCAUUAGCUGAGGAUGAGGAGGUUGCAGUGCCCCCCCCUCCACCCCCCAGUGCUACAGGGACCGUGGGAGCUGAUGUCCCACCAGCAUCAGAGUACUACGACGUAGUGAAGGAGAGGCUGUGA